AUGGCUCUGGAGGCGGCGCCCCUGUCCCGGCUGAGGAGCCGCCGCGCCGCCCUGCUCCGCAAGGGAGUCAGCUUCGAGAGCGAGUCCGAGAAUGACGACUCUGUCUCCGAGGACCUGGGCUGUAGACGUGGAGAAUUCAGCAGGAAGCAUUAUGGAUCGGUAGAGCUGCUCAUUUCCAGUGAUGCUGAUGGAGCUAUCCAAAGAGCUGGCCGGUUCCGGGUGGAAAAUGGCUCCAUUGAUGAGAAUGCAGAUUAUGCCCCUGGUACGUGGCGCAGAACAGAUGUGCACUUGGAAAACCCAGAAUACCACACCAGAUGGUACUUCAAGUAUUUUCUAGGAAAAGUGCAUCAAAACUAUGUGGGCGCAGAUGCAGAGAAGAAUCCUUUCUUUCUGUCUGUCGUGCUUUCUGACCAAAACAAUCAGCGUGUUCCUCAAUACCGUGCAAUCCUCUGGAGAAAAACAGGUACUCAGAAAAUAUGCCUCCCUUACAGUCCUACAAAAACUCUGUCUGUGAAAUCUAUUUUAAGUGCCAUGAAUCUCGACAAAUUUGAAAAAGGUCCUAGAGAAAUUCUUCACCCUGAAAUUCAAAAGGAUUUACUGGUUCUGGAAGAACAAGAGGGCUCAGUCAAUUUUAAAUUUGGAGUUCUUUAUGCCAAAGACGGACAACUAACAGAUGAUGAAAUGUUCAGCAAUGAAACGGGAAGUGAAAGCUUUGAGAGACUAUUGAGCCUCUUGGGUGACACCGUUACAUUGAAGGGCUGGACUGGCUACAGAGGAGGACUGGACACCAAAAAUGACACCACAGGAAUCUAUUCUGUCUACACGGUCUACCAAGGGCAUGAGAUAAUGUUCCACGUUUCAACCAUGCUUCCAUAUUCUAAAGAAAACAAACAGCAAGUGGAAAGGAAACGGCAUAUUGGGAAUGACAUUGUUACCAUCGUGUUCCAGGAAGGAGAAGAGUCUUCUCCGGCCUUCAAGCCAUCCAUGAUCCGCUCCCACUUUACACAUAUUUUUGCCUUAGUGAGAUAUAAUAAGCAAAAUGAUAGUUACAGGUUGAAAAUCUUUUCAGAAGAAAGCGUGCCUCUCUUUGGGCCUCCCCUUCCGUCCCCUCCACUGUUUACGGACCACCAGGAAUUCAGGGACUUCCUGCUGGUGAAAUUAAUAAAUGGGGAGAAAGCCACUUUGGAAACCCCAACAUUCGCUCAGAAACGGCAGCGUACAUUGGACAUGCUGAUCCGCUCCUUGUACCAGGACCUCAUGCCUGAUAUGCAUAAGAACAUGCUUAAUAGGAGGUCCUUCAGCGAUGUUUUACCAGAGUCCCCAAAAUCGGCCAGGAAGAAAGAAGAGGCCCGUCAAGCUGAAUUUGUUCGUCUUGGCCAGGCUCUUAAACUCAAAACCAUUGUGAAAGGUGAUGCCCCAGCAAUUCUGGCUACUACAAGCCUCUGUAAGAAGGAGCCCUGGGAGUCUCAGUGUUUCUGCAGCAAUUUCCUGCAUGACAUCAUUUGUGCAGAUUCAUGGGGCCCGUCGUUGCUCCUCUCUACAGACAUCGGGGUCCUGCUUAUGGACGAUGGCCAACCUUCCACCCCAGUAUUUGAUAAAACUCUGCAAGUCAAACAGAUGCAUGUAUUGGAAACCCUGGAUCUAUUGAUCACUAGAGCAGACAAAGGGAAGGACGCACGCCUCCUCGUCUUCCGGCUGAGUGCCGUUCGGAAAGGCAUCGAAGCAAGACAGAUCAAGAGCAAAUGUGACUGUCGGGAAAACAAGCUUGAGAAAACAAAAGGCUGCCAUUUAUACGCCAUCAACACCCACCACAGCAACGAACUGCGGAUAGUCGCUGCCAUCCGGAAUAAGCUGCUGCUCAUCACCAAGAAGUACAAGCAGUGGGACAGCCUGAACAACGCUCCGUUGACGUCGCCUCCGUCUGACUCACCUGUUGAGGAAUUCCAGUACAUCAGGGAAAUCUGCUUGUCAGAUCCGCCAGUUGUCAUGACCUUGGUGGAUGGGCCCACUGGAGACAAUGACAACCUGAUUUGUGUUGCCUACCGGCACCAGUUCGAUUUAAUCAAUGAGAGCACAGGCGAAUCCUACAGGCUGCAUCACGUCGAAACGAGCAGGGUUAAUUUUGUUGCAGCUAUUGAUGUGUACGAAGAUGGGGAAGCUGGCCUCCUCUUGUGUUAUAACUACGUUUGCUAUUAUCGAAAAGUGUGUCCCUUCAACGGGGGUUCGGCUUUGGUCCAGCCCUCAGCAUCUGACUUCCAUUUCAGCUGGAACCAGGUUCCUUAUGCUAUUGUUUGUGCUUUCCCUUACAUCUUGGCUUUCACAACUGAUUCCAUCGAGAUCCGAUUAGUGGUGAAUGGGAACCUUGUCCACACGGCCGUGGUCCCUGCACUUCAGCUGGUCGCAUCAAGGUCAGAUAUCUACUUUCAAGCUGCAACGGCAGUGAGCGAACCAUCCAACAGCAGUUCCAAGGAGACCAGCUCACCAAGCUCCCCGCAGACACCAUCAAUUCACGAGAUCCCGGUUUUCUCUCCUUCUGCAGCAGAAGGUGAAGCCCUGUGUAAAAACAUAUACAAAAUUCCUCUCAGCAAUCUGGUUGGCAGGAGCAUCGAACGUCCACUGAAGUCCCCCCUUGUCCCCAAGGCCAUCACCACCCCGACAUCCGGCAGUGCUGCCUCCGUUCCUGCUGUUCCUUCCCUCUCUUUGCCACGCAUGGAAAUCAAAGAGAUUGCAAGCCGGACGCGCAAAGAAUUACUGGGUCUCUUAGAUGAGCCCGUCUCCAAGUCAGAAGGUGGGCAGAAGCAAAAAAAGGCUGCUCCGAAAGUGACAGACCCCAAGCAGGGAACGCUCCGGUCGACGAGCAGCGAUAGGCUUGUUCCUAGCACUUCCGAAAGCACUUGCGAAGAACGCCACUUCUCCACCAGUUCAGACCCUGACACCACCGUGCGGGAAGAGAGUCCCCCCUCUGGUAGCACCUUCCUUCUUGGAGCCUCGUUUGAUGAAGACACCAUUGACUUGAAAUGAAGACAAUCUGGAUACAGUACACAAACACUCACUCAUAUCCCCCUCCCCUAUACUUUCUUGUCUCCCCUCCUCUCCCAUUUCAUACGAUUCUCGAAACCAACAUAGAAACAUCACACUACACUUUCUAAUAAUCCCUGGAACUGAAUUUUGGCUAUUAAGCUCUGGAAAGCUUAACGUUUUAGACUCUUUCAGUUGGGGGAGGUGGGGGUAAUUUCAGUUUUCCCUGUGGUUAAAGUAACUAUCGUUUCUAAGUGAGAUGCCUGAUAGUCAAUUUUUUAAAAAAAGUUGAAGCUCUUUAUGUAAAUAAAAUCUCCUUCCCGGCCCCAGAACUCUUCACAUUUGGAAUAGGCGGCACAUGGCUGAAAUGCUGCUUCGUUCAUUGUAAAAAGAUAGGAAAGACUCAUAGAGCAAAUAAGUCUCUCUUUUUUUUUUUUUGUCCUUCAAAAAAUUGCAAGCCAGAAGUGUCACCAGCCUUGGCUGAGUGAGCGGCGCGCCUCUCCUACUGGCCACGCAACUGUUCACAAGUUUGCUUAAAAGUUUGAUAGCAAAAGCUGAGAAUGCAAGGAGGAGCUGGAGACAGGCGCCUCGCUUCUUUGGAGUUCGGAAAGCCGAGAGGGAGAGGGAGGGCAGCUCCUGGUGCGGAUCCAAGUCCUGCCGUAGCCUCUGCAUAAACAGGCAUUGCAGGGUUUUCCUAUUGUUUAGAGAACCUGCACAGCCUGUUCCGUUGAAAGAAAUGCCCAUGAACACCGUGGCAAGCAAAACCUCUCGAGUUGCUUUCAGCUUUAAGCACCCGUCUACAGCCUUAGCCUUCUACACAUUUUCUGAGAAGAAAGUUAAGCAGGAAGAUGUUUGUUUUUUUAAAGCAGUACAGAUAAUUUGGCAACUGCCAGGCAGUGCUAGUGUAACCUUUUGUGGAAGGCUGAGGCAGUGUGUGUAAUACUACUGCGUUGGGUACAGGCGUAACACAUCUCCUGAUAACCAUGGUUAACAAAUGAGGGUCAAGCUUCAGGAAGGCACGCCUCCUCCUGCAUCACCCCCUCAGCAAAUUCUUCCGUUUAAUCAUGAUUAUAACGCAGUUAAGCAGCACCUGUAACUAGGGGUCCUGUUUUUCCAAGAUGUGGAUGAAAAUUUCAGGUACUGGGUUAAGGCUAACUCUGGUUAACAUUAACCGCAGUUCACCUUAGUGCUGGGGAAAUGCUUAAGAACUGAGGAGGGGGGUUCUUUGGGGGAGGGUCUGUGGGCAUGUGUCUUAUAGGGUGGUUCUUGAUGUGUUCCCUAGGGAUCCAGUGCUAUGUUGACCUCAGGCCCACGCGUAUGGAUCUUUUGCGUACUUUGGAAGAGGCCCUGAUCCAACGCUUCCAUUUGUCCCUUCUGAAGUCUGCCUUCUGCACUGGCAUCAUGUUAGCUGGCUUUAACAGUCACUGAAGUGUUUGAGACUGAGAGCCAAGCUACAAGUGAUGCCUGACACA